AUGAUGAUGUCAAUAAUAAUAAUUUAUAUUCAUGUUUUUAGAGCAGCAAACUAUAGCUAUACUGCAAACAUUGAAGAUUCUCUAGCUGGUAUUUAUCUAGAUAUAAUAUAAGGCUGGCGAAUUUAUAAUGCAUAAUGUCCUUACAUAAAUAAUUGUGGUAGUUAAGCUAUUGUAGGAGGAAUCAAUUCAUUCAAUGAGCAUACCAUAAUUAAUAGAAGAUUUGAUAAUUUGGAUCCACAUUAUUAAAUAAGAAUAGAUUUCUGGAUAUGGAUGUAAUUAAAUUAUUAUUAUCAAUAGAAUUGAUUCACCAUCAAUCACAGAUUUAGAAGUUUAAUUAGAUUUAGAUGAUUAUACUAAGGCAAUAUCAUCAUAAAUAAUUGAAUAAGUAAAUCAUUGUGGAGUCUUAAAUAAUAAUGAAUAAAUCAAAUAAAUAUAAUUUGUCAUAGAACACAAUAAAAAUAUAUUAAAUUUAUCAGCCAAGUUCAAGUAUAAUAAAGAAUAGAAAGUAAAUAUUUGAAAUUAAGUUAGUUUUCUUGGGGAAUUUAAAAAAUGGAUUUAAAUUUUUUACAAUGUUAUUUAGAAUGUUCUUUUUGUUCUGGCCCUAUGAAAUUUGAUUGUUUAAAUUGGCAUAAUUUAAUCUAUUUGUUUCCUAAUAGUAUUUUCACAAAUCUUAUUGAAAUGACUGAUAAUAUAGAUGAAUUCACCUAAUAUUUUGAAUGCUAUAAUUGUGAAUAAACCUUUAUGAUAGAUUUUGUUUAAACAAAUGAAAAUAAUAUUAUUAAAUUACUGUAAUUAAAAUUAAGUAUCUAUUAGAGAUAAAUUCUAUAUCAAUUAAGAACUUAUUUUAGAAGUGUACAGUAAUGGAACUAUGUAAAUUGAUCUAAUAUAGAUAUAUGGUAUAGUUGAAUUUAAUUUCAAAAUUUAUUCUAGUGAUAGAAAAAUGGAAUAAUAAGUUUAGAUAUAAUAUUUAUUAAAAUAUUAAGGUAAUGAGAUUCUUUUUCCAAUUUUACCUGGUUGUUUAGAUUAAUUUAAUAAUUAUUGUUUAGAUGGUUUGGAAGGAUGGGAUCUUAAUACAAUAGAAAAUGUGUGUUUUCCUAUUUGUGGUAAUGGAGUAAUUGAAAGAAAUGAAGAAUGCGAUGACGGUAAUUUGAAUAAUUAUGAUGGAUGUCUUUAAUGCAAAUUUGAAUGUGUUUAAGAUUGUUAAAUAUGUGAAAACGGAAUUUGUAAGGAAUGUAAUGUAGGAUUUGAAUAUGAUAAAUAGAAUGAAAAAUGUGUAACAGUUUGUGGAGAUGGAUUAUUAAUUCCAUUUAGUUAAGAGAUUUGUGAUGAUGGAAAUAAAGAAAAAGGAGAUGGUUGUUAUAAUUGUAUAUUUGAAUGUGAAUAAUUUUGUGAGAAAUGUAUUUAUUUUGAUUGUGUUAAAUGUUUGGAAGGCUUUAAUCUAUUAAAUGGUAUUUGCAAUCCAAUAUGUGGAGAUAAAAUAGUAUUGAAAGAUUUAGAAGAGUGUGAUGAUGGUAAUAAUAUAAGUAAUGAUGAAUGUCAUGAAUGUAAAAAAGUUUGUGCUAAUGAUUGUGAUGUAUGUGAAAAGGGUAUAUGUUAAGUUAAUUGCAAAGAGAAAUUAGGAUUAGGAUUUUAUAAUAUUGAUGGAAUAUGUAAAUCUAAAUGUGGAGAUUCUAUAGUUACAGCUGAAGAGGAUUGUGAUGACGGAAAUGACAUUGAUUAUGAUGGAUGCUUUAAAUGUCAAUAUGCUUGUGAAUAAAAUUGUUUGACCUGUAUUAAAGGUUAAUGUCAAAAAUAUAAAUCUGUAUGUGGCAAUGCUCUAUUAGAAAAAGAAGAUGGAAAAUGUGAUGAUGGAAAUACAGAUUAAUUUGAUGGUUGCUUCUUUUGUGAUAUUGAACCUAAUUGGAUAUGUCAAGAAGAUAAAUAAAAAAAAAGCUAUUGUUAAAAUUAUAAUCCUCAUCAAUUUAUUCCUAGUUUCUUAAACAUUACAAAUAAUAAAUAGUUUGUUCUAUUUUAAUUUUCUCGUGAAAUUAAAAUUUAAAAUGGAUAAAAUUUAACCUAAUCUAUGAAUUUAUCAAUUAUGGAUAACUAAAUUUAAUAUAAAUAUGAAAUACUUGAAAAAAUAGAACCAAUUGAAAAUUAAUUAACAAAUGUAUACUAUUUGAUACAAAUAGAAAUUUAAUAAAAAAUUAAUUUUUAACCCACCUUAAUUAUCAACUUUACUAAUAACAUUGUUGUUCUUAGUGAUGAUGAUUAACCCUAAGCAUUAUAAGAAUAUAAAUUAAUAUUAUAAAUUCCCUAAUAUCUUAAUCAAAAAGAUUUAUAAACAAGCUAAAAUAUAACAAACAUGAGUUACACCUAAUCAGAUAAGCUUUCUAUCAUCAUUAAAGAUUAUUAAUUUAUUAAAUUUAUUAUUUUUAAUAAUUAUUGCUUAUAUUUUCAUUUCUAUUUUAAGAUAUAUCACUUAAAAUAUUGA